AACAAAACACUUUCACAUCAAACUCACAGCAAAGUAAUACACAAUAGAAUUAAGAGAAAAUGACCCAAAUUCGAGUUGCUUCAUUCAUCCUUUUCAUGCUUGUCGUGGCAUCUAUGGAUGCUGUGAGAGUGAAUGGUCAAGUGGCGACUGAUGGAAAUUGUUGCCAUGAGCACGAGGAGUUUGGUAGGUGUUUGACAAGUGAAGAAGAAGACGGGUGCUUUGCUUUUUGCAAGACUCUUGAUUGCGGAUUUGGCUAUUGCAAUCACGAAGGGGGAGUUCAUGCAUGUUUCUGUGGUUGUCCUUGAUUGCGGAUUUGGCUAUUGCAAUCACGAAGGGGCAAUGAUACCAUCAAAUGAUUACUAUCAAUAAAAUAAAAAAAUAAUAUUUUGCA